AGCUUGGGGAGCAGCCGCCGCAGCAAGUAGCGGCCGUUUUGGCAGCAGCUUCCGCAAGAGGUGUGGACAGGUUCCGCCUGACCCCAUCCUGGAAAGUCCUUUUGAAGAAAUGGCCCUGGUGAGGGGCGGCUGGCUGUGGAGACAGAGCUCCAUCCUCCGCCGCUGGAAGCGGAACUGGUUCGCCCUGUGGCUGGAUGGGACCCUGGGCUACUACCGUGACGAGACGGCGCAGGACGAGGAGGACCGCGUGCUCAUCCAGUUCAACAUCCGCGACAUAAAGAUUGGCCAAGAGUGCCACGAUGUGCAGCCCCCAGAGGGCCGGAGCCGAGAUGGCCUGCUGACCGUGAACCUACGGGAGGGCUCCCGCCUGCACUUGUGUGCAGAGACCAAGGAUGAUGCCAUAGCAUGGAAGACGGCACUGCUGGAGGCGAACUCCACUCCGGCCCCAGCUGGAGCCACCGUCCCUCCCAGGAGCCGCCGAGUUUGCCCCAAGGUCAGGUGUGUGACCCGCUCAUGGAGCCCCUGUAAGGUUGAAAGGCGGAUCUGGGUGCGUGUCUACAGCCCGUACCAGGACUACUAUGAGGUGGUACCCCCCAACGCGCACGAAGCCACAUAUAUCCGCAGCUACUACGGACCGCCCUACGCAGGCCCCGGCGUGACACACGUGGUAGUGCGGGAGGAUCCCUGCUACAGUGCUGGCGCUCCACUGGCUAUGGGCAUGCUUGCCGGGGCUGCCACAGGUGCAGCACUGGGCUCACUCAUGUGGUCGCCCUGCUGGUUCUGAGCCCUGGGACUCGGAGCGUGGACCCUGUGCAUAGACCAACAGACCCCUGUUCUUACUUGACCCGGCCCUCCACUAUCUAAGCCCUGCCGUACUUUGGCUCCUUCUCCAUUAGCCGCUUCCGGACUUGGAUCAUCCAUUCCACUCCCCCACCCUCUAUACUGGAAGAAGCUAUCAUCCCAGGCACAAACAUAGUCAAAAUCCUCAUAUUUACUACCAGACACCCCAGAAUUUUGUUAUAGACAUAUAUGGACACGUUUCCCCCAAAUAUACCAGGACACAGAAAACACAGCUCAAUGUGACUUAAAGUUCCCCUGUGCUGGAGACACAGGAGUCAGGUUCUUUCCUCCAGCUGCUCCAGGGUUGGUGGGAAAAACGGAAGUAAACAAACACUUGACAAGGCAGAGUUAUCCGUCCUUUGACACAUGAGGGUAAAGAGCAGAAGAAGGUAGGCUAGGGGUAGGGUUGUUGGCAAGAGUGCAGAGCGGUGAAUAUCAUGGCAUGUCCAAGGAAUUAAGAGUUCAUU